CCUCCUCCAGCACCUCCUCCAUCACCUCCUCCAUCACCUCCUCCAGCACCUCCUUCAGUGUGAAAAAAGGAGUUAAUACAGCAACUACAGAUUCAGCCAUGCAAGCCACCGUCACUAUCAAGACUCCAACAUCCACCCAGAAGUUUGUUUAUUUCCACAAAGGCAACGUGGAGACCAAGGAAAAAGAUGGCGAGAAAAAUUUCAGGAAAGUGUGCAGGAGGCUGAUGGAGAGCAUGGACAACGGAUCCUGCACCCUGAACUGGCUCGUCCAAAACGGAUCAGUGAAAAUCGAAUCUGUGGAGAUAAAUGGCAAAGUGAACGAAAGCCUUGCGCAGCAGUAUUAUGACGAGCUCGCCCAGAAAGAACAGAUAAAGACCGAUAACAAAACCCUGAUCGCUAUCCUGGCCUCCUGCGGAGCCCUUCUUAUCAUGAUCGUCAUCCUCGGUGCCUGCGCCUCCCACCACCGCAAGCCUUACAAUGAGAACCAGCAACACCUAACAGAAGAGCUGCACACUGUGGAAAACGGUUACCAUGACAACCCCACGCUGGAAGUGAUGGAAGUGCAGCCCGAGAUGCUGGAGAAGAAGAUGGUGCUGAACGGAGAGUUCAACGACAGCUGGAUGGUACCUUUGGACCACCUGUCGAAAGAGGACCACCCCGAAGAGGAGGACACCCACCUGUAAGGACGGGUGGGAGAGGGGCGGGUCACAGGGCGCGCAACGCCACAACAAUUCGAGCUAUACCCACGCAUCUUAAACUCUUGUCUCUUAUGCCCUUGUAGCCAGGCAACACUUCCUCCAGAGCAGGUGACGGCGUGGCGUGUAGAAGCUGCUCGGUUCGAUGUAGCAAACUUCAUGAAACAUGUUUGAAAAAUGCACCAAAUCAAUCACUGUUGUGUUUAUGCUGCACUUUUCCAUGCGUGACUUCCUGUGGAGCACAACCUUUUCAUAUUGGUUUUUACACAUAUUUCUGUGCCUGUUCGCUAUUGUACUAACAAAGAGGUUGCACACCGUGACCUGUUUUUGAGUGUUUUCUUGCAUCUGACGAAGGAGCGGCAAUAUUACAAACCAAUCACUUUGCAUUCGCUCUUGAGGAACAGAGGUCAUCUGCGUUGACCACUCUAGAGUUACUAACAUAGAAAUGUGAUCAGGGGGCACUUUAAAGCCCCCAGUGAUUUAAAGAUAGAGGCUGUGCACUAACCCUACAGAAGGAAGGACACGGCCACAGAGAUGCUGCUUACACUGGGCGGACAAAGGACCGGUUUGAAUCCAAAGUGCCUCAUAUUGACUCUGUUGUGUAUGGAAAGCCAGAGACGACAAAUUCUUGUCCUUUAAAGUCAUUCUGAUGCAAACAGGCGUCAUUUCUGUUCAUCUGAAAUCCUGUAUUCGGGUUUGCAUAGGAGAGCCAUGAAGUUGUUUCUAGGGCCAACAAGGCAAAGCCCACAUCUUUUUAUGUUAGUGUGUUUCAAGUUGUUACCCUGAAAUCUAAUUUCAUGGUGACCUGCUCAUGUUGGACUCUACCAUGUCAAUGGUGGCUGUUGUACAAUAAACACAAGCUAUAAUCAUGCCAAACUACUUUUUAACUACUUUGUUAGUUGCAUUAUUAGUAAGCAGACGUGCGCCCAGUCUCAGUCAGCUGAGCCACGCUGUAAAUAGCUGCACGCUCUUUGUUGGUGAGGCUGGACGGAGUCGGGCUAAACCCUCACAGCAGAACCCCAGCUUAACACUUUUAUUUUGAAAUGCUCAUCAGUCCAAUAAUUUCAAUUAAUAUACAUUUACUUUCACUUCAACCUAUAUUAUGUGCAAGUGACUCAAUCACACUGGGCUCUCCAGUCCAGCCAGUAUGUUUGCUUGACUGCUGUGAGUGUUUGCGUCUGCCACUGUUAUCAUAGUUGUGUAUAGUUUCUCACGUACGUUACUGUACCAGGAUUUUAUGUAUUUAUGGUUUGUUUGCUGCAGAAGGCAAACAGCAGGGGUCUGACACACUGGAAGCUGUAAAGCACGGAUGGUCUCGACUGUUAUUCUGUUGUAUCUGUUCAGGUUUGAAAAUAAAUCUUUUUCCCAC